AUGUCUUGCAAGUGCUACGCCGCCUUGGUGCCUGCCGGCCCCCUGGUGCCUCACACGAUCGAGCGCCGUGCCGUGGGCCCUGACGACGUUGCCAUCGACAUCAAGUACGCCGGCAUCUGCCACUCUGACGUGCACCAGGCCCGCGAGGAAUGGGGCAGCGCCAUCUUCCCCAUGGUGCCGGGUCACGAGAUCGGUGGCUUCGUGGGCGACAAGGUCGGCGUCGGCUGCAUGGUGGACAGCUGCCGCGAAUGCCAGUCCUGCAAGGAGGGUGAUGAGAACUACUGCGCCACGGGUGCCGUGAUGACCUACAACGGCAAGUACAAGUACAAGCACUGCCAGGAGUACACCGAGGACGGCGGCAAGCCCACCUAUGGUGGCUACGCCCAGAGCAUCGUGGUCGACAAGAACUACGUGUGCCGCAUCCCCGACAACUUGGAUCUUGCUGGUGCCACGCCCCUUCUGUGCGCAGGCAUCACCGUCUACUCGCCGAUGGCUUACAACGGUCUCAAGGCAGGUCAGAAGCUCGGUGUGGCUGGCCUCGGCGGUCUGGGCGCCAUGGCAGUGAUGAUCGGCAAGGCCUGGGGCUGCGAGGUCACGGUCUUGUCGCGCAGCGAGGGCAAGCGCGAGGAGGCCAUGAAGGAGCUGAAGGCGGACAAGUUCGUCGUGAUGUCCAACGACUCAGAUGUGGAGGCGGCCGCUAGCUCCCUCGACAUGAUCAUCGACACCAUCGCAGCCAAGCAUGACAUCCCCACCUACCUCAGCUUCUUGAGGCAGAACGGCAAGUUCGUGAUGGUUGGAGUGCCUGCAGAGCCGCUGGACUUCCAUGCCUUCGCCAUCAUCCCCAAGCGCAAGACGAUCACAGGCUCCCUCAUUGGCGGCAUUCGCGAGACGCAGGAGAUGCUCGACUUCUGCGGGAAGCACAACAUCAUCUGCCCCCACGAGCUCAUCAGCGGCGACAAGAUCAGCGAGUCCUAUGACCGCGUGGUGAAGUCGGAUGUGAAGUACCGCUUUGUGAUUGACACCUCCACGUUCUGA